UCGGACUCUGUAGUUUCUGUAGAUCAUCUAUUUUUUCGUUCUUUUACAACACUCUUUUUUUUCUUCUGUUCGUCUCAUCUAAAGACGCUAUUACCAAGAAUCGCCACACUCUUUUCCGCAUUCCAGUUCAAACAACAUCAAAAAACACACUUCGCUCGUAGCCGGUCUAGGAACAAUGUACACUUCUACCCUCAUCCUCUCUCUCGUCGCCGCCGCCGCGGCCGCCUGCACCGGCGGCAAGAACAAGACAGCCGAGGCCGCCGCCCCGGGGGCCAAGGCCCAGUGCGCCCUCCAGUUCGACGGCCGCAUCCCCAAGGCCUUCACCGCCGCCGACUUCGACGGCAAGACCAGCCCCUUCAACACGGCCAACGUCUUCGGCAAGGGCUUGAAGUUCAGCGACCUCAUCAAGCUUCCCGGCGGUCAGUCCUUGUUCGAUGUCAACUCGACCCAGCCCUUCGAGGUUACCAUCGACGACAAGUCCAUCUUCGCCCCCUCCGCGGACAACGUCCAGAUCGGCUUCCGCCGCGCCGAGAUGCUGCCCCUCAGCAACGAUGGCAAGGACGCCUCGACCCAGGGCAUCAAGACGCUGCACUUCAGCCUGCAGAAGGACGCCCAGCGCCCGCUCAACCUCUCCCACGAGUACCAGCUCGCCUUCCUCGAGAGCGCCGACUUCAGCACCAACCAGAUCGUCCUCAAGACGGGCACCAUCCUGGGCCAGAACACCGAGGACCCGGACACGCUCCAGCUCUUCGGCAACGUCGCCACCAGCCCGCCCCCCGAGCUCUUCAAGACCAAGUUCACCCCCGGCGUCUUCCACAACUUUGCCAUCAAGCUCGACUUCACUGCCAACACCACCGAGGUCUUCUACUCCCAGGGUAACUCCGCUCUUAAGUCCCAGGGUGCCGCCGUCUCCAACGUCAUCGCUGGCCAGGGUCAGUACCACUUCGGCCUCCUCAAGAAGCCCGUCAACGGCGGCGCCGACAUCACGAAGAGCGGCGACCAGCCCACUGGCAUCAACGAGGGCAUCGUCUACGCCGGUAUCUUCCAGGAGGACAGCGCCAAUGGCUGCAUCUCCCUGUCUCCUUAAAUCAUUUGUGGAGGGACGGGUAUCACUGGAAUAUUGAGGAGGUCAUUUCUUUUUCUCUUUAUUAAUAUUGACAAGUCUGCCUUGACAGAGUUGACUUUGUGGGUGGACUCCAGAUAUUUCUUGUCUAAAGAGAAGAAAAAGUUUCCACAA